CUCAGCCCGCUGCUAACAAAAGGAGCUGCAGACACCCUUUAACUUUUAUUUAUCUUUACUUCUCUGCUUAUUUUUCACGCAUCUCCUUCAAAAUAGAGCCUCAACGCGGCUUCCUGACGUCUGUUUCUCUUCAAUAAGAUGGUCGUUUUGACAAAUAACAAUGAAGACCAGGAUUAUAUCCUGAUAGAGGAGCGUAAAUGCAGCUCCCUGCCCAGCUCUCCCGCCAAGCGAGUGUCUCCCACCAAAAAGAAGCAGUUCUUUAUCAACCAAGCCAUCCGCAACUCUGACCUCACUCCCCGGGCCAAAGGCAAGAAGAGCCUCCGCCGACAGGAGAACACGCGCUAUCUUGCUAAUCUUCUUGAGAAGGAUGAGUGCUCCAAAGAUGAUCUGGAGGUCUGUAGUAAUCCGGCCAUCCCGUCCAUCUUCACUGAAGCCUGCACCAACGGAAACUAUGUUGAGCCUUGGAACGACUUCAUGAAUUGCUCUGGUGAGGAGCAGGAGAGGCUGUUGUCUCUUCUCGAGCAAGAGGAAGCCAAGAAGAAAAACACCAACCGGCUCCUUAAAGACCAGAGGAAUGUAAAUCCUGCCUUCACUGCUCAGGACUGCUUCCACAGGAUCGAUCGAAGACUGCGAGCAACUCUGAAACGGAAACAAAUCCCCAUAGGAACUCUGGAAGUGCUUGAGGAGCACCUUGUGAGCUUCUUCAAUGCUCAACCUCACUCAGUUUACACAACCAACCUCGCCAGCAGCUUUGAGAGACUGCUGCUUCACGCCGUCUGCCAGUAUAUGGAUCUCAUCUCUGCAAGCACCGACUACCAGGGGUCACGCCAGACUGAAGUGGUGAACAAACAAGAGGUGUUCCUGCCUCCAGGCCUCCUGCUGUCUGCCUACCUGGAGCAGAUGAGCUGAGACAAGGACCGUACUCUGUUACCCCUCUCCCGCCAUGAGGAUCUUUUGCAGGCAGGAGCUCCACGAGAUGUAGUUAAAGUACGCAGUCUUUGCGUAAUGUCUGUGUAAUGUCUGCCAAGCUCGAUGUCUCACACACUUAAAAAUACCUGCUUAGUUUUGAUCUGGUUUCUCUGGUUGGUUUCUGGUUUCUGUAGCUAAUUUUCCAUUCAUUUUAUCUAUGAACUAAAUCAGUUAGUCCACCUUCUUGAGGACAUACAUAUUAAAUUCUACACAAACACUAGUAUGCUUGCAUGCAUUAGCAUUCAGCUCAAAGCACAAGUUAACAUGUAAAUCUUAAUCUGAUUAAAUUUCAGCCACGUCUAACAGAGCUGAGUUGGCCAGCUUCAGUCUGAGAUGACCUGAUACGGCCGCUAUACACGACAUGUUCCCUUUUGAUUUAGGUAACAUCUCUCAAGCCAAUUAUUAUUGCCCCAUAUUAAAUCAUAUUAUUAGACU